AGGACCCAUGGCCCCCAUGGGCCGUUCGGGCGCGUCGCCGGUGCCCCCGCUGCUGCUGGGGGCGGCACUGUUCCAGGCGGCGUGGGCCUCGACAUUGCGGCGCGAGGAGCCGACGCAGUACACGCUGCUUCACUUCAACGACCGCUUCUGCGGCGACGCGCAGGGCAUGCAGUGCCAAGUGCUGGUGCCUGCAGGUUGCGGCAUGGGCUCGUGCUGCCUGGCCGGCGACCACUACGUUAAGGUUGUGGAGAUCGACAGCACCAGGCUAAACGUCACUGGCGGUGACAGCAGCUGCUCCUGCUUGCUCAGCGAGGCGACGAAUCACGGCUCGUUUACCAUCGGCCAGUGUGACCAAGGCGUCAAACUCGUGGCGGCACCUCCAGCGGAGCUCCACGUUUAUGUUCGUGCCGUUCUUUCUUCCUCUGCCGGCGCCCGCCACUGCAACGGCAUCGCGCCCCACCCGCGCUGAGAGAGCGGCCCGCCCCCGCGCGGUUGCCGCCUGCGGCGUCCUCGGAGGGCAGUUGGGGCCGCGCACGCACGGCCGGCCUGCCGACCUGUCGCGCCUCCUGCUCUGCAGAUUGCAAAGAGGCCCGGGCCCUCUUUGCAGCUCUCCAUCUCUGUCAAGCAGCCGCCUACCUGCUUAGAAGCGUCUCCCCUCGGCGCGCGCGUCGCCAGGCGUUUUCCGCGCGGGUGGCGCACGAGUCCCCCCAGGGGACCCGCUCCGCUCUCCUGCCAGGCGCGCUCCCCGGUCACCCGGCGCGGCCCGCGCUCGUGCCUGCUGCGGCUUCCCCCUCGUGUCCUCCAUCUUGAAACGCCGGCCCGCCC